CUGGAUGCGCAUCUAUCGACAGCAGCAGUUCCUGUCAAAUCUGCGCUGCCCCGGGUUAAUGAUCUGCGGGUUAUCUCGUACUUAGUACUUGAGCGUGGAGUUUGGAGUCUGCCCUCCCCUCAGAUAAAGCAGAACACGGGGAGGCUCGGGCUCGCUUUUGCCUCUUCUUUUCGGCCUUUUCCUUCGGUGCUGCUUCAGCCGCCGACUGGGUUUGGAUCACCUUGGCUGCAGGGAGAGGAGGACGCAUGAUGUCGCUUCUGGCCGUGUUCUUGCUUUGCGCAGCCGCCUCUGUCACAGCUUCUGCCCAAGGUGCAGGUGCUGCUGCUGCUGCUGGACCCCGACUGAACAACAACCAGCUGUACAAAUUCAGCUACACCACAGAGCUCCUGCUGGACAGAGCCCGGGGCUCAAAGGAGGGCAGCGCUGGCUACAGAAUCUCAAGCGACGUGAACAUUAACCUAGCUUGGAGAGAUCCCAGCAACAAGGACGACCAGCUGAUUCAGCUGGCUAUUUCAAAUGUGAGGAUUGAGCCCGUGUCGCAGAGGUCGGAGAAGAACAACGUCCUCCACGGAUCCACAGCCGAAAGCCUCUUGGGGAAAACCAAACUAGCAGCUCUGACGAAACCUUUCCUGGUGCAUCUGAGAAAUGGAAAGACUAAAGCAUUCUACUCCUACUGGUCAGAACCGGCAAGCAUCAAGAAUUUGAAACGCGGCAUCACCAGCUUACUGCAGUUUCAGAUCCAUACCGGGAAGGUUGUUGAGAAUGAUGUGUCUGGGAGGUGCACAGUUCAGUAUCAAGCAACAGAAGGUCAAGUUACAAGAACCAAAAUCCUGGAGUCGUGUAAGACUUCAGAGACUGGAUUUACCACACAUAGUACGGUAUUGGGUGUAAGCAGGAAGUCCAGUUCUGUUACAGUGUUUAAACUUGAAGAUGGUUUCAUCCAGUCAGCCGUGGCUGAAGAAGCUCACCUUUUGGCCGUUACUGCCCGCCGAUCCGCUGCCGCUAAAAUUGUAUCCAGACAAACCCUGGUGCUGCUGGGCAAAGAGGCUGGACCCUUUGAGGUGGCUGGAAAAGAUGUUGCCGGGGUUGUCAAGUCGAUAGAUGACAAACUGGCAGCUGUCGGGAUUGUCCCAGAGAAGCUAAAAACCCAAUGCAAAGGCUGUCCAUCACUCUUUGAACAUUGGCAGGCGGCGCAGAAGCAGCUGGAGCCAGCGAGCCUGUCCAAAGCCGCGGCUCCUCGCAGCUUCCUGGGAUUCAUCCAGAGCAUUCGGAAAGCGUCAAAGGGCGAGAUCCUCAAAGUGCUGAAAAGUGCCAGCAAGACAAUCCUACCUCAGGUGGUAGAUGCGGUGACUUCUGCCCAAACCCCUGCAUCUCUGGACGCCAUGCUUGAGUUUCUUAACUUCACCGACGCCAAGGGUUUAGUUCUGCAGGAGCGUUUUCUCUACGCGUGCGGCUUCGCCUCGCAUCCCAACGAGCGAAUGCUCCAGGCUCUGCUGAACAUUGCUAAAGGGAAGAUCGGCAGCCCGGAGAUCAAAGAGUCAGUGGUGAUCAUCAUGGGCGCUCUGGUCCACAAGCUGUGUCUGAAAGGAAGCUGCGAUUUACCGACGGUGGCGCAGGUGAAGAAGAUGAUUUUAGAAGGUCCCGAGAGCAGCCAGGCUGAGUCCGAGGUCCAGAUGUACCUCCUGGCCCUGAAGAACUCUCUGCUCCCUGAGGCCAUUCCCAUUCUCACCAGGUUUGCAGAGUCAGAGGUGGGAUCUUACAGCACCAUCGCCCUUACCGCCCUGCAAAGAUACGACGUGAGCCUCAUCACCCCUGAGGUAAAACGGACCGUGAACAGGGUUUACCACCAGAACAGGCGGAUCUAUGAGAAGAAUGUGAGGGCGGCGGCGGCCGACGUCAUCCUCAGUAGCAACCCCUCACACAUGGAGGUAAAAAAUCUGCUGCUGUCCAUCGGAGACCUGCCCCACGAGAUGAACAAGUACAUGCUGUCAAAGAUCCAGGACAUCCUUCGCUUCCAAAUGCCUGCCAGCAAAGUUAUACGACAAGCUUUGAAGGACAUGGUUUCCCACAACUACGACCGCUUUGCCAAAGUUGGGUCUUCGUCUUCAUACUCGGGAUUCAUGGCCCAAUCUCCUGAUGUGACCUCCACGUACAGUCUGGACAUCUUGUACUCGGGCUCAGGGAUCCUCAGGAGAAGCAACAUGAAUAUUUAUGGUUCAAGUCAAGGUUCAAUGUUACAUGGACUGCAGGUGGCGAUUGAGGCUCAGGGUCUGGAGUCCCUAAUCGCCGCCACUCCUGACGAGGGGGAGGAGGACCUGGAGUCGUUUGCUGGUAUGUCGGCUCUGCUCUUCGACGUUCAGCUGCGACCCGUCACGUUCUUCAAGGGUUACAGCGACCUCAUGUCCAAAAUGUUCUCUAUGACCGGGGAGCCGAUGAACGUGGUGAAGGGACUCAUCCUGCUCACGGAUCACUCUGAGGUCAUCCAGCUUCAGUCAGGUCUGAAGGCCAGUGCAGAGUUUCAAGGAGGCUUAGCCAUUGAUAUUUCUGGAGGGAUGGAGAUAAGCCUGUGGUACCGAGAGUCUAAGACCAGCGUCAAUAACAGAGCCGCCUUAGUGGUCACUGGCAACGUAACGGUGGACAUGGACUUCCUGAGGGCAGGCGUGGAGGUCAGCUUUGAAACAGAAGCCUCACUGGACUUCAUCACCACAGUCCAGUUCUCCGAAUACCCCUUCCUGGUGUGCAUGCAGAUGGACAAGGCUACCUUCCCUGUCAGUGAAUACUUCACCAGGUAUGAGAGCAUGCCAUCGGGGAAGAGCGUUAUGUCACGGAAGGGUAAAAAGCAGCUUGUGCCUGGCUCCGAGUUCCCUCUCCAUCAGGAGAACUCCAACAUGUGCAAACGGGUUUUUGAGCCCAGCUGGUAGAGAGGUACAGCAGGACGUUUGGACUACCGCAGGGUAUGCCGCAUUCAGAGACCGCUGUCACGUGCUUCCGCUGAAAAGGCUGGUCCCGAUUCCUCAGGCAAUGAAAGCUCAUCAAGGGAAAUGGCGAAUGUUUUUAGCAAAAAUAUGCAACGUUUACAUUCCUGUGAGUAUUUAAAGGGGUGCAGAUCAUUUUGUCCCUUCACCGUUUUGUGCUUUUACAUUUUUGGCCGUAUUGUAUCCAGCUAAUCUACUGAUAGUCUUCUGUAAGGAAAUGUGUUAUGUGGCUCCUAUUAGAACGACGCACCACCGGGUGGAUGCUCAGUUAUUUAGUUUGAUCGUAUUUCAGAAGAGUGGAACGGCCCAAACAGAGACCAGAGCCACAAUAAAUGGAAGGAGUCGUAAAAUAAAAUGAUCACAAAAUAAUACACUUGUCUUAUACAUGUGAUUAGAGCAUUUUUAGGAUUAUUUAUCGCCAUAAUUCAUCACAAGUACCGAACCAGGACAAAAAAUAAACUGACAUUUGAUUAUUAAGUACUUCUGGUGCGAAAAGAUUUCCUUACAGGUGCGAAACAGAAGGAGGUUGGCAAAGUUGGCCGAAAAAAUGAAGAUAUGAAUCGGUGAAGGGGUGAAAUGACGCAGCGUUUUAUAUUUAAGUCAUUCUAAUUGGAUGUAUUUGUCAGAAAUUGGCGAACUUUUGCAUAUUGUGUUUUUUGGAUUUCUUUGAAAAUUGUAUUUAUGAUGGGCACAUACAAAAAGGUAUAUUUUGUUUCUGUAAGUACUUAGCAUAAAUAGUACAAUUGACCCCCCCCCCAUAAAGCUACAUUAAGAAACAAUUUGUAAAUAUUGGUGAAAGUGGGUAAAGGUGCCAGAUAAGACAUCAAGACCAAAAAAUACACCUCUUUACUGUGAUAUUGUAUUUUUAAAAUAAAUUAGCCAAUGAGAAUAAACCGUUUAUUACAAUAUGUUGCUGUAUCCCGAGCCACUGAUGUGAAAUAACUAAUAUUUGAGUAAUGUUGUUAAUUGUAUUCGUCGUAAUCUAGUUCAUAAUGCUGACAGACAAGAUGAAUAUUGGUACAUUGUUGUUUACUUUGUACUUGCAAGAAUUGUGUUGUACAUUUGAAAUAUAAAAAGGUGAAUUCAUCAACACUUAAAUUUAUUUAAAUUUCUAAGUAUGUGUUGCUGAUUGGUUUGAAAUUUGACUUAUUGUUGGUGUCCAUAUUUAGGAUUCAAUUAAAUGUAUUUGUUGACAAUAAAACGUGCUUGUCAAACAUCCAUCAA